GAGGUUUCUCUUUCUGAAGAUCUCGUUCUGUCUGUCUCUCUCUCGCUCUCUCUGUAUAACUGUCUGUCUCUCUCGCACUCUCUUUGUCUGUUUGUGUCAUGAUGGAGAUUUAUCGUUAUGGAUUAUUAAUCAUUGUAUUCCUGCUGCUGAUCAACAGUUCACAUUCAGUGUAUGUCACUGACAACCCAGAUUCUCUCCAUCAGGUCCUGUCAGAGUUUAGCAGCGUCCGUCCAAUCAGGACAAACUCAGAGGGGCAUUUCCUGUCAGAUUCAGUCUCUGUCCACCACCUACGACGCAGCAGGAGACACGCCCGCCCUCCUGAAGACACAGUCACAUACACAAAUAGAAAUGUUUUUAAGGACACAUCAACAUUCCAAAAGGUCCCGCCCACAAAAGUGUCACUAUCCAAUCAGACAGGGCAUGGAUGGAGAGGGCGGGGUUACAAAACAGAGGGGGAGGAGCUUUUUUACAAUGUAACUGUUUUUGGUCAGGAGCUCCACCUGCGGCUACAUCUAAACACUCGGCUUGUUGCCCCCGCAGCCACAAUGGAGUGGUGGGAGGAGUCGGGACAGAAACGCUCUGAGCCAAUCAGAGACACCGGAUGCUUUUACACCGGAGAGGUGUCCAACAUGGAGGACACUUCUGUCGCCAUUAGCAACUGUGACGGGCUGGCCGGAAUGAUCCUGAUUGGUCAGGAGGAGUUUUUCAUCGAGCCGUUGGAUGGAAGGAGGACAGAUGGAGGAGGGGAAGAGGAGGAGGAGGGAGGAAGAAAUCAUAUCGUUUAUCGAUCCUCAGCUAUCAUCAAGACACAACCAGCUGUCAAUCAAAGUGCUGACGACUUCCUGAGAGGUCCUCUUUUAGGUUCUCUGAUCCUAAACCAGAAUGUGCCCCGGUCCAGACCCAUCUCCGCCCGACAGCGGCGCUACAUUGAAGAGGCUGAACUGUUUAACAUCGAGGUUCUGUUAGCUGUGGAUUAUUCAGUGCUUCUUCAUGGACGAGACCACAUCCAGAAGUAUCUGCUCACACUCAUGAACAUCGUGAAUGAGAUCUACCAGGAUCACUCUUUGGGCACUAACAUCAACGUGGUCCUGGUCAGGAUCGUCAUGUUGUCCCCAGCAAAGUCCCAGGAGCUGAUCUCUGUGGGGAACCCUCAGAAGAGUCUGGAGAACGUAUGUGGAUGGUCCUACCUCCAGCAGAGGGAGCAGAGUCACGCCGAGCAGCACGACCACACCAUCUACCUGACCAGGCAGGAGUUCGGUCCCUCUGGCAUGCAGGGUUAUGCUCCGGUCACAGGGAUGUGUCACCUGCAUCGGAGCUGCGUCCUCGUCAUUGAGGAUGGUUUCUCCUCAGCCUUUGUAGCGGCUCAUGAAACAGGACACGUGUUAGGGAUGGAGCAUGAUGGCGAGGCUAACGACUGUGAGGAUGACGUGGAGUUGGGAAGCAUCAUGUCUCCACGAGUUCAGGCCACCUUUCAUCGAUACCACUGGUCUCGCUGCAGCUGGAGGGAGCUGCACCAGUACCUGCAAACCUAUGACUGUCUCCGUGACGACCCGUUUAACCACGAUUGGCCCGCUCUACCUCAGCUGCCGGGCUUUCAGUACUCCAUGGACCAACAGUGUCGUUUCGACUUCGGACCGGGAUACAGUCUGUGUACUGCAUACACGACCUUGGAGCCCUGUAAGCAGCUGUGGUGCAGUGCGUACAACAACCCGUUCUACUGUAAGACCAAGAAAGGCCCGCCGCUCGAUGGGACCAAGUGUGGACCAGGGAGGCACUGCUUUAAAGGUUAUUGCAUGAGGCUGACCCCCGACAUGCUCAGACAAGAUGGCGGCUGGGGAACAUGGAGUCCAUAUGGGAGCUGUUCCAGGACCUGUGGAGGCGGGGUCAGGUUUCGGACUCGCCGCUGCGAUAACCCAGCUCCAGCCAACGGGGGGCGCACCUGCUUCGGAAACAGUUACGAGUUCCAGCUCUGCAGCCAAGAAGAGUGCCCCCCCCUCACUGACUUCAGGGAGGAUCAGUGUAAAGUCUGGAAUCCAUUUUUUGAACAUGAAGGAAUGAAGCAUCACUGGCUGCCUUAUCAACACCCUGACCCUGACGAGCGCUGCAGUCUGUUCUGUCAGUCCAAGGAGACGGCGGCCGUGGUUUCCAUGAACAGAAUGGUGCAUGAUGGGACGCCGUGUUCCUACAGCGACGCCCACAGCGUGUGCGUGCGAGGAGAGUGUGAGCAUGUGGGCUGUGAUGGACAGAUUGCGUCAGACCAGCAGGUGGACCGAUGUGGAGUCUGUGGAGGAGAUAACUCCAGCUGUAAGAUCAUCAAAGGAAACUUCACCCGCAGCACCAAGAAAGCAGGUUACCUGAAGAUCCUGGAGAUCCCUAAAGGAGCACGUCACCUGCUGAUCCAAGAGUUCAGAGAGACUCCUCACAUCCUGGCUAUGAAGAACCAGGAGACGGGUCACCUCUUCCUGAACGAUGAGGACGAGCUCCCUGACUCUCGAGUGUUGAUUGAGAAAGGUGUAGUUUGGGAGUACAUCAACAACGAGGAGCAGGAGUCCAUCCAGACCACAGGACCACUGAAAUAUGGAGUCCUGCUCAUGGUACGUUCCCAUGACGACUCCAAGGUGACAGUGUCCUAUACGUACAUCAUCCAGGACCGUCUGUGGUCCUCGCUGGAGUCUAACCUGCUGCAGGAAGACGCUAUCUUCUACGAGUGGGCCCUGAAGAAGUGGUCCCACUGCUCCAAACCCUGUGGGGGAGGGAAACAGUAUACACGGUUUGGCUGCAGGAGGAAGGCUGAUGGAAAAAUGGUUCACAGGAUGUUUUGCUCCAACAUCAACAAACCGAGAGCAAUCAGCCGCAACUGCAACAGCAACACCUGCAGCUCGCCACGCUGGGUGACCGGAGAAUGGGAGGACUGCAGCGCCUCCUGUGGUCAGACAGGGUGGCGACGGCGCUGGGUGAGCUGCCAGCAGGUGACCAGCACAGGACAGGAGGAGAAGGAGAAGAAGCAGCAGCAGCGGUCGGUGCACAGCAAACUGUGUGGCGAGGACCGACCAGAAGGCAAACAAACCUGCAACCGUUUCCCCUGCCCCGCUGCAUGGCGAGCUGGGCCCUGGACCCCGUGUUCUGUAUCAUGUGGAAACGGGACUCAGGAGCGUCAGGUUGCAUGUUCGAGUCCUGAGGGUUUAGUCCAAAACUGCAGCGAGCCUCGACCAAUCACAAACCGUUCCUGCCUGGCCCCACCCUGCAGUGGCGACCAGAGGAACUCAAUAAUUCAGUGGUUGUCCAGAUCCAACCCAGACUUCCCAGCUCUAAAGUCCCCUUCCAGGCAGCGUUGCCGUGGUGACCGCUCAGUGUUCUGUCGGAUGGAGGUUUUAAGUCGGUACUGCUCCAUCCCUGGAUACAGGCAGAUGUGCUGCAAGUCCUGCAAUGAGAUAAACUCCAGCAACCCUAGUAACUCCAGCAACCCAGAUAACUUCAGCAACGUUAGCACAACAAACCCACCAACCACCAACAUCAGUUCCUGGAGUUUAAUCACAGAGAUGAUGACUGCGUCAACAUCCUCUUGGUCCAACAGCAGCUACAUCAUCAGUGACAUCAUCGGUGACUUCAACAGCACUCCACCUGUUGAUGUCAGUGUAACUCAACCUCCAACCAGCAGGAUCAGCACUGACUUCAUCUAUGUGGACUACAAUGAUUAUGAUGAUUUUUCUGCCUACGAGGAUCCUUAUAUUCCCUCCGACCCAACUGAAAUAAUUUCAGUUAUUACUACAACCACUGCUUCCACUACUACCACUACUACUGCAUCUACUACAAGGCGCCCAAGAAGAACUGCCCCACCACAUUUGUUCAAGAGGAAAACUACCACUCCAAUAUUGCCACAUGCUACAGCUACUGCUGAGAGUACAACGUUGGUGCCUGUCAGGACGACAGAGUUCCCCAUCACAACCACUGAUGACAUCAUCACUACAACAUCAGUACCCAACAAAACAUCAGGGGGGCAAAGCCUUCAAACUAAAGAUUAUCAAACAAAAACGAAUCCAACGCCAAUAUCCUCUUUCAUACCGCUCUCCAAGAAGGAGAACAACUCGGUGGACGAGGUUCCAUACCGGAUUGUGGGAUUGGACGGUGACAUCUCCAGAGGACAGCAGAACCACUUUGUACCACGGAUGCCUCCAUUCCGGGAGCGAACACAAAACAAACGCAUCCAGCAGCUCCUGAAUGAGAGAAGACGAAAGGACCUUUUGAGGAGGUCCGACGGGAGCCGAGAGGGCAGGACUGACAGGAAACAGGGAAGAUUGUAAAAACUGGUUUGAAUUUUAUCGUUCACUCACAAUGCCGCAUGUCCAGCUUGCUCACUUCCUGCUAACGCUAAUAAACUCUUCAUGAGAAACAGAAACAGACUGUAGAGCUGAAAAAAACUGAAAAACUGAUGAUGAUUUCUUUACUUCUUCCAGAAACCUUUGAAGCUGUUCAGACCAACAGUGAAGCAAGUCUUUAGCCCUUUUCAGAACGCCGUUUCAAGACACAAUAUUUACAUCCCUGUUUCGCAUUCAAUCUAAAUGUCACAGAGGCGUAAUGGGGGGACCAAGUGAUCCCCCCCUUCUGUACACCAAUGUUACGCCACCGUGGAAUCAAUAUGAAUGUACGUACAAAGACGCGUUGGCAGCUGAGCUUAGUUAGGAUGCUUUUGCUGAAAGGCAGUCUGAUUCAAGUAUCUUUAGUUUGAAUGUGGGAUUGUGUGUUUUUGCCGUUGGUUAAACACAACCUUGUAAUAUUGGCCCUUCCAGUUUAACGACCUGUAAACUAGGAUCAGUACCAGGUCCCAGUUUGAUGACCUGUUAGCUAAGAGCAGAACCAGGUCCCAGCUUGAAGACCUGUUAGCUAGGAUCAGUACGAGGUCCCAGUUUGAUGACCUGUUAGCUAAGAGUAGAACCAGGUUCCUGUUUGAUGACCUAUUAGCUAAGAGCAGAACCAGGUCCCAGCUUGAAGACCUGUUAGCUAGGAUCAGUACCAGGUCCCAGUUUGAUGACCUGUUAGCUAAGAGCAGAACCAGGUCCCAGCUUGAAGACCUGUUAGCUAGGAUCAGUACCAGGUCCCAGUUUGAUGACCUGUUAGCUAAGAGCAGUACCAGGUCCCAGUUUGAUGACCUGUUUGCUAAGAGCAGUACCAGGUCCCAGUUUGAAGACCUGUUAGCUAAGAGCAGAACCAGGUCCCAGCUUGAUGACCUGUUAGCUAAGAGCAGAACCAGGUCCCAGCUUGAAGACCUGUUAGCUAGGAUCAGUACCAGGUCCCAGUUUGAUGACCUGUUAGCUAGGAUCAGUACCAGGUCCCAGUUUGAUGACCUGUUAACUAGUAUCAGUACCAGGUCCCAGUUUGAUGACCUGUUAACUAGUAUCAGUACCAGGAGUUCUGUGAUGACAUUCUGUUCUGGCUAGCUUCUCACCACAUGGCUCCACAGAGUGAGAGUUUCACUAACAUGUCUCACUAAAGUCUGAAAUCUCUCCGACUGCAGCAACAUUAACCCAAAAUAAAAUAUUUGACUGAUUUAAAGACAAUAAAAAAAGGUUAAAAAGAUUCUGAAAGGGUUAGGGGAUGAUGUGGAUUUGUAAAAUGUCUGAAUUCCGUUUUUUGUCAGGACUGUCUUUGUGAUGAAAACACAACUUUAAAUUGAUAAUUUUUUGAAUGGAGUUGGGUUUGACCACUUUUGAUGCCACAUCAGGACGUCAGGUGAAUCUAAAGGCUGACUGACUGACCGUAUCAAGAUUUAAAUGUCUAUAAUGAUCAUGUCACUUCACUUGUGUUGCCUGCUGAAAGUUGAUGUUUUUUACUUUUUUUCUAAUUGAUCUGCUUUUUCACGCUGCUUGAAACAUUUUGCUUUUCUUUUGGUCUGAACACGACUUUGGAGUCCAUCAGAGCUCUUUUUCUUCAUGCUGUUUGUACUUAAUAAUCCUGUUUUUAAAUAAAGCAAAAUCUCACGCA